AUGCAAACAAACCAGACCCUGAUCAGAUAUUUUAUCAUUAAGGGGAUAUCGGACGACCCCCACUUGCAGUUUCCGAUCUUCUUUGUGGUUCUCCUGAUUUAUCUCACCACCAUAUCUGGUAACUUGACCAUUCUCAUUGCUUGUAGGGCACCUCAUCUCCACACUCCUAUGUAUUUCUUCCUGGGCAACUUGUCCAUAGUAGACAUCUGUUUUUCUACAGUUACCUUACAUAGGAUCCUCACAAAUUUCAUCACUGGGGAUAAAACAGUCUCCUUUCUUGCCUGCAUGGUACAGAUGUACAUGUUUGGUUCCUUACAAGGUCAUGAGCUUUCAAUAUUGACCGCCAUGAGUUAUGACCGCUAUGUGGCCAUCUGUAAGCCUUUACAAUAUCACCUGGUUAUGAACGCUAGAAUGUGCGGAUUAUUGGCAGCUGCCUCUUGGAUUGUAGGAUUUGUGCAAGUCAUUCCUCCUUUUGGGAUAGUAUGUAGUUUUUCUUGCUAUUUCUCUACUGAGAUCAACCACUUCUUCUGUGACAUAAUCCCUGUGAUCAGAAUUUCUUGUGAAGACACCACUUUUGUUCAAAUACUCAUCUACAUCGAAGGGAUAUUUCCCAUGAUAAUGACACCAUUUCUCCUUAUGUUUGUGUCUUACAUAUUUAUAAUACGCGCCAUAUUAAGGAUACGCUCAAGCUCUGGAAGACUGAAGACCUUCUACACAUGUUCCUCUCACCUCACAGUGGUCGUGUUGCUAUUUUCAACACUUUUUGGACAAUAUUUGACCCCCAAUAGUAGCACUUUAGAGUUUAAGAAACUUUUUGCUCUGUUCAACACGGCCGCUGUUCCUCUGCUCAAUCCUGUGAUCUACUGCCUUAAGAAUAAAGAUGUGAAAAGGGCUCUGAUAAGAAAGAAGGGAGCCUAG